UCUUCGGGAAAAGAAGUUCAGAAAAGCCAAAUCAGACUCCCUCCCUCUAACAGUUCCUUUUCCAUCCUUCGAUUGAGCGGUGCCCUUUCUUGUUGAUUGAUCAAAAGGACCGCUUUUGUUUCUGAUUGAUCACAGGGAUUGCUUAUAUUGAACAAUUUGAAAAUGUUUGAAGCUCUUUUUCUCGGGGAAAAGGUCCUUGUCGGCGCCAUGGUUUAAGGGCGCCCUGCAAUCUGUAGUGUCUCCCCUCUCAGCAAAUUUUGCAAAUGGUGUCCCCUCUCUUAAAAUCAGCUUCUGAAGGGAGUGAUGGAACCCAGAAUGCCCAGUUGGUCCUCAACGUCUACGAUCUCACGCCCAUCAACAACUACAUGUGCUGGUUUGGUGUGGGCAUCUACCACUCAGGCAUUGAAGCUUAUGGAAUGGAAUAUGGAUUUGGUGCCCAUGACUAUCCCACCAGUGGGGUUUUCCAGGUGGAGCCUAAGUGUUGUCCGGGGUAUAUAUACAGAUGCACCAUCCCUUUGGGAAAUAUAAACAUGACACAGUCAGAGGUCCAGACUUUUAUGGAACAUAUGGCUUCAAAAUAUCAUGGAGAUACCUAUCACCUCAUUUCUAAGAAUUGCAACCACUUCACUGAUGAUGUUUGCAUGACGUUGACUGGAAGGUCAAUUCCUGGCUGGGUAAACCGCCUGGCAAGAUUGGGUGCUUUGUGCAACUGUCUGCUGCCUGAAAGCCUUCAAGUAACCACUGUUAGACACAUGCCAGAGUACCACGGAUGCUCAGAAGAAGAAUCUGAAUCGCCAUCUCCUAUCAUUACUCGUGAAGCAACAGAAAGUGAAGAUGGAGACCCUGAGAGACAGCUUCUUUCAUCCCCUACAGCUGAACUUGAAUUCAUUAGAGAGUCACCAAAGUGAACCGAAGUUUUGCCUGGAAUUUUCUUCAUUACUUGCAUCCGGUCUCGUAGCAGAAGCUUAUGCUAAAUGUUUAGUGGGAGUUGAGUGCAUUUUGAAGGACUGAAACUGGAGCCGUCAUAAAUCAUGGGUCUCGAAUUUCAUAAUUUUUGGUUUCUUUCUGUAUCAUUAUCUGUAUCAACUGUCAAGACAGUAAUUUCUUCAAUUGUCCUUAAUUGAAUUGCAUAGUCAAUUUUCA